AAGGACGGGGAUUUAGACCGGCUCCAUCUUCUGCCUCACGAGCGUUACUGCAUGGGGGGACCUGGAGUGGUGUUCAGUAAUGCUGCCAUGAGAGCUAUAGGCCCCCACCUCAACCAGUGCCUCAGUGCAGUGUUCCUCCAUGACCAGCAGAGCUCACAGAAAUGGAACGAUGACGACGUCGAAAUCGGACGCUGCAUCAGUCGAAAACUCGACUUUCAGUGCUCCACUUCUGCCGAGUCUCGACUGAAGUUUCACACAGACUAUUCAGGAGACAGUCUCCGCCCACUUGGUCUGUGGAGUAAGCCAGUGUUCAGAGAGAUUGUCAGCUUGCACCCCGUGAAAGACCAGCGGAACAUGCUCUCCAUCCACCAUUUCUACAAGACACUUGAGUUUGAGCGGCAAUACGAGGAGUUGUUUGAUCUGAUGAGCUAUACUAAUGAUGUUUGUCGCAGUCUGCCGCAUCACUUGGUCCCGCCUGCAUUUGUGUCCACAGGACGGUGUAAUCUUCAGAUGUCAGUUGGAGGAGGAGAGGGAGGAGAAGGAGGACAGGGGAGCAACUAUCUCGUGAAUCGCAGCACGGCAGUGUUUUCUAAUCCGACCAACAUUUAUGACGACGAAACCCACUGGAAGUUCUUCAACCGUACCUCGUUGUUUGAUAUUGGAGGGGUCUCCCCUCGUCGCCCACUCUCGUCCUCGCUCCAGGCUGAGCUGAAACACAUGGAGGGGCUUCUUCGCAAAUACUUUCUCCGGAUGCCAGACUUUCGGGAUUUCAACAUGGAAGAGGUACUUCACGGCUACGUACGUUUUCUUCCAGUCACAGGGAGGGAAUUUAGACUGAGAGUGAAGCUGAGUAACAAGUUGGAGAAAAACAGAGUCAAAUUUAUAUCAGUCAGACUUCUGCGGCAGUUGUCGCAGGAGACAGCUGUUUCCGUUGAGCCGACACAGACGCGACCAAUUCACGUCAUUCUCCCUCUUCUAAUCGUCGACGGCAGGUUUCGGGAAUUUCUGAGAAACUUUGUAGAGCAGGGACUGCGAAAGGGGAUUACCCUCUCGUUAGUGAUAGUUAUCUUCAGCGAGAUGAAUGCCGAUCUCGUCGAGGGAAUCGUAAAGCAGUUGACACGUGGUUUCCCAAAAGCUGUGGUAACGAUUGCAAUAUCGGAGGGGCAGUUCUCAUUACCCCAUGCGGUGGAGACGGGCAUGUCAGUCUUGAGCAACAGCGACAUAGCAUUUGUCACGGACAUCAACACUCGGAUUAGAUCCGAUUUCUGGUCCCGUUGCCGUGACAACACAAGACAGGGUAAACAAAUCUACUUCCCAACCCCAUUCUCUGUCUACAUUUCAAACCCCAAAACCUCUCUGGUAAACUCCAGUUCCAGCUACCCAAUCAAUCACUGGACUGGGCAGUGGGCCUUUUACUCCAGCAAAAACUUCUGCGUUGUAAAAAGAGACUAUUUGGGUGUGGGGAGAUUCAAAGACGCUUCAUUCCCUUCGUAUUUCUACCAGCGGCUACUGGAUAGCGGCGGUGAGCUGGAGGCGUUCCAGGGACCAGAUCCAGGGAUCUACCGGCUCUGGCCGGCCAGGACUUGCAGCAGUCUCAACUCCUUGCCUGGAAGAAAAGCCUGCGAGGCUCUGGUGAUGAGCCACGCCCACUUCCCUCCAGCCGACCUCGCUGAUUACCUGGUUGCACAGGACAAGUUGAGCAGCGCUUUCAAGUCAUAAAUGUUCCUGUGUUUUUUUUGGGUUGGAGCAUCUUCACCUGUGUUAUUCGCUGCGCUGGCUAGUGUGUGCACCCAAAUGA